AUAUGUUUAAAACCCAGACUUUAUUGCAUAAAAUUUCCAAACAUAACAACAUCUUUUAAACAUCCAGGGGAAAAAACAUGAAUCUCAAUGUGACAUUAACUUUACUGUGCUUGAUCCUUGUUGGAAUCGCCACCGGAAGCGUUCCUUGCAAGGCUGUUCAGUUCAUUUUUGGGGAUUCCUUGUCUGACGUCGGUAACAACAAGUACCUUUCCCGGAGCCUGGCCACGGCUAACUUGCCUUAUUACGGUAUCGAUUUCGGAAAUGGUUUGCCUAAUGGAAGAUUCACCAAUGGCCUAACCGUCGCGGAUAUAAUAGGUGACAAAACUGGUCUGCCAAGGCCACCAGCAUUCUUGGAUCCAUCACUGACUGAGGAUGUGAUAUUGGAAAAUGGUUUGAAUUAUGCCUCUGGAGGUGGCGGGAUUUUGAAUGAAACAGGAGGUUACUUUAUACAGAGGCUUUCUCUUUGGAAGCAGAUCGAGUUGUUCCGGGGAACCAAGGAAUUGAUUACGGACAAACUCGGCGACCAAGCGGCCGAUAAGUUCUUCCACGACGCAAACUACGUCGUCGCUUUAGGGAGCAAUGACUUCAUUAACAAUUACUUGAUGCCGGUUUAUAGUGAUUCCUGGAAAUACAAUGAUCACUUUGUUCAAUACUUGAUGGAAACACUUCAGAAACAACUCAUGGUGUUGCAUAGCUUAGGAGCGCGGAAGUUAAUGGUGUUCGGACUUGGACCGAUGGGCUGCAUACCACUCCAGAGGGUGUUAAGUACAUCAGGACAAUGUCAGGACAGAGCAAACAAGUUGGCUCUCAGUUUCAACAAAGCUGCAACCCAAUUAUUAAGCAACAUGCAAAGUAGACUUCCCGAUGCUAACUUCAAGUUCGGUGAUGCUUACGACGUCGUGGACGACGUUAUUCGGAAUCCGGAAAAAUACGGGUUUAGUAACGCCGAUUCUCCGUGUUGUUCGUUGGGAAGGAUUCGACCGGCUCUCACAUGCAUACCGGCAUCGACGUUGUGCUCGGAUCGAAGCAAGUACGUGUUUUGGGACGAGUAUCAUCCGUCAGAUAGUGCUAAUCAGCUCAUCGCUAAUGAACUUAUCAAAAAGGUCGGGUUCCUUGGUGGUCAUUCAAAUGCUCCUGCACCCGCACCAGAAUCUGCCAUUGCUCCAUCUCCAGAUGAAGAGUAAUAUGUAUGCAUGUAUCAUGUAUGUAUGUAUCACGUAUGUAUGUGCAAUGCCCUCACCGCAACUGUUUGUUAAAACUUAAAAGACCAGUUUGCUAUAACUUCUUUAAUGA